AAACCGACGCCCGGACGCAAAGCGAGCGAGCGUUUCCAAAAACGCGCUCUCUCCCCUCCAUACCUCUCCCAAUUCCGAACCCUGUUCUCUCUUUCUCGCAACCGCUCAUGGCGGAGGCUUCUGAUCUCUCCCUUCUUCACAUCGAAGAAUUCGCUGCUGACGAGAUCGAGGAGCAAGAAGACCGCCCCGAAACCCUAGAUUCGCCCCCCUCCUGGCCCUCCGCCACCGCCCCGGCCGGCGCCACCCGCUGCGCCCUUGGACCCGACCUCUUCGCCCCCGAUCCCUCCGAUCCGGGAUAUUCCGACCAGGAUUCCGACUGCUCUGACGAUCACGCCACCCUCGCCUUCGAUCUCUUCGAUCGCUCCUCCACCCGCCCGAUCUGCGCCGCCACGGACCCCUUUUCCGAAUCCCUCCAAUCCCCCAACUUUAGGGCCUCCGAGGGCCCCGAGGAGGUGGGAUCAGAUUACCUGGGGUUGGGAUCGGGAUUCGAGGAUCAGGAAGAUGGAGAAGAUGCGGAUCGGGAGGUCGUGGUUUCCGAUUGGGGGGCUGAUUAUUUCUUUAUGGGAAGGAGGAGCUCGCCGUCGGAAUCCAUCGAUUUUUCCGGGGCUCGCCCUGUUGAUUCGGAGGGGCUUAGGAUCGCCGGGUUUGAUUCGGAUUCAGAUUCCGAUGAACAGAUCGUCGACGGUGGCGAAUCCCAGGAUCGGAUCAACGAUGAUCUCGGCCUUCCCCUGUGCUGGGACUGCCUCCAGUUGGAGGAACAAAGGAGGGACCUCAGCAUAGAAAUGGAGUGGGAGGAGGUGGAUGAGCGGCUCGAGGAUAGGGAUGUCCUAAGUAUCAUGGUCGUCGGCAACGACGAGAUACCCAAUGGACUCAGGGAACGGAAUCAUGAUGAAGCGGAACAGGAGGAAGACGUGGUUCGGAAUAUCGAUUGGGAGGUGCUUUUAGCUGUGAAUAACUUGGGGAGGAACAAUUUAGACCCCGAGGAUGUCGAAUCCUUUUUCGUCGACGACCAUGAGGGCUUUGUCUACACCUCGGAUUAUGAGGCCUAUGAGGUCUUGUUCGGGCAAUUUGCCGACCAUGAUAGCUCUCUCAAGGGUAGUCCUCCGGCAGCCAAAUCGGUGGUCGAGAACCUCCCGUCGGUCAUGAUGGCGAAAGAAGAUGUUGAUGAAAAUAACAACGUCUGUGCGGUGUGCAAAGAUGGGAUUUUGGUACGUGAAAAGGUGAAGCGACUUCCAUGCUCCCACCAUUAUCAUGAGGAUUGCAUUUUGCCAUGGCUCAGCAUUAGGAACACAUGCCCCCUUUGUCGGUUCGAGUUGCCCACGGAUGAUCCCGAAUACGAGAAGUGGAAGGCACGGAGGGCCACUAGCGGUGGUUCCGGUGAAGAUUCUCAGCUCAGGUAUGAGUUUGAAAUAUUACCUGAAGCUUAGGACGUGUGAGCAAAGCAGUCCUCCUGUUUUUUAUGAUGGUGGCAUGGACAAGGUUUUCUGAUGUUGUUGUAUCGAGAUUGUAGCAAUUUACUGUUUUUUCUCUUUAGAAACAGUGUAGCGGCAAUCAGACUUUUUGUUAGAAGUUACCAAUGAGCUGUUGGGAGUUGGCUAUUUAAGAUGUUAUUGUAUAUCAACCAUUCUAAAUAAAUGUUGUUGCUAUUGUAAAGCUGGUACCGUUACAUUGCAUAAAUUUAUUUAUUUAUUGUUGUUGUGA